CUGCUUCUCACUAACGGACUCCACUCCUGGUUCCAGUUCUCUAACUCCUCUCGUCUCCUCUCCUGAAGACUCUCAGCAGUUAUGCAGUCCAGCUACAGCAUCAGCAGCGGGCCAGCGAUGAUGUCCCGACAGAGCUACAGCUAUUCAAGCAGAGCCGCCCCGAGGGCUCAGAGCUUGUCCGGACUGAGCUUUGGGGGUCCUCGCAUCUCUUCUGCCACAAUGCGCACCGUCUCUUCCGGGUUCGGCGGCGGCUACGGAUCCGGAGCGGGCACCUUCGACCUGACCCACGCUUUGGACCAGAACACCGUUCAACUGAACGAGAAGGCCACCAUGCAAAACCUGAACGACCGUCUGGCCUCUUACCUGGAGAAAGUGCGCUCCCUUGAGGCUGCCAACGCUAAGUUGGAGAAGCAGAUCAGAGAGUACUACGAGCAGAAGGGCCCUGCAGCUGAGAGGGACUUCAGCAACUACUGGGCCAUCAUCAACGACCUGAAGGACAAGAUCAUGGGCGCCACCAUCGGCAACGCAAACAUCCUCCUCCAGAUUGACAACUCCAAACUGGCAGCCGAUGACUUCAGAACUAAAUACGAACACGAGCUGAUGAUGCGCCAGUCUGUUGAGGCCGACAUCGCCAACCUGCGCCGCCUGCUUGACCAGACCACUCUGACCAAAGCGGACCUGGAGAUGCAGAUCGAGGGCCUGCAAGAUGAGCUGGCUUACCUCAAGAAGAACCACGCCGAGGAGCUGGCAGCAAUGCGAUCACAGCUCUCUGGCAACGUCAAUGUGGAGGUUGACGCCGCACCCCAGCAGGACCUCAACAGAGUCCUGGAGGAGAUGCGCGCCCAGUACGAAUCUAUCACCGACAAACACCGCCGCGACCAGGAGGCUUGGUUUAACGAGAAGUCUGCCGCCCUGUCUAAGGAGGUGACCAUCAGCACAGAAACCAUCCAGACGACCAAGACAGAGAUCGGGGACUUGAGACGCACGCUGCAGGGUCUGGAGAUCGAGCUGCAGUCUCAGCUCAGUAUGAAAGGGGCGUUGGAGAACACGUUGGCAGAGACGGAGUCUCGCUACAGCUCUAUGCUGGCCAGCUUCCAGGGCACCAUCAACAUGCUGGAGGGGGAACUAGCCAACGUGCGCGCCAGCAUUGAGCAGCAGGGCCAGGACUACAGGAUGUUGCUGGACAUCAAGACCAGACUGGAGCAGGAGAUUGCGACCUACAGGAGCUUGCUGGAUACCGAAGAGUCCAGGCCAAUUGUCUCAGGGAGCACUAAGACCACAGUCACAAAAACCACUGUGCGCAGUUCCAGCUAAAGGGUCCAGUCGACAGGACAGCACACACAUGCAAACACACACACACACACACACACACACACACACACACACACACACACACACACACACACACACACACACACACACACACACACACAGACACACACUGAGUAAUAAA